CCUUCUUCAUGGAACCAUCUUUCGUUCUCCUCCAACCCACCUACCCGCCACCUCAAAAUAGCUCUUUUCGUCAAACGCUGGCCUCGUCAGAACCUCGCCGGCGGCCUCGAGCGCCACGCCCUCACUCUGCACCUUGCACUUGCCCGCCGCGGCCACCAUGUCCAUGUCUUCACCACCAACUCUUCCUUCCCCAACUCCUCCAUUCCUUGGUAUUCCAAUGCAUCCCUGACAUUCCAUCCAACCCAGCCGAGCCCCGGUGGCUACCUCAACCAAGCUCUCGUAUUCAAGGAAUUCCAGAUUCAAAACUCCACCGGCAGGCCGUUCGACAUAGUCCACACCGAAAGUGUCGGUCUUUUCCACGGCCGUGCUCGGAAUCUCACCAACCUCGCCGUCUCAUGGCAUGGCAUCGCCUAUGAGGCCAUCCACUCCGACAUCGUCCAAGACCUCCUUCGAGAACCCAAUGAGCCCCGCCACUCUGCUUUCACCGCUAAGCUUGGUAAAGUCGUUGAGGAGGUCAAGUUCUUCCGCAAUUACGCCCACCAUGUAGCUACUAGUGAUCACGCUGGCGACGUCCUCAAAAGAGUCUACAUGAUUCCAGAAGAGAGGGUUCAUAUCAUCAUCAAUGGCGUUGAUGAAGAAAUCUACAAGCCCAAGCCUCGGAAAAUCAAGACUUUCAGAAGUAAGUUUGGAGUCCCUGAAAGUGCCCAACUUGUGAUAGGAAUGGCGGGGAGAUUGGUGAAAGACAAAGGCCAUCAUUUGAUGUUCCAAUCUCUGAAAAAGGUGUUCAUGGAAGAUUCAAGGUUCAACAAAAGUGUCUUCUUUCUGGUCGCUGGGGAUGGGCCAUGGGCAAAUAGAUACAAGGAUUUGAACCCAAAUCUGAUCAUUCUCGGUCCUCUGGAUCAAGCCCAGCUUUCUGAAUUCUAUAACUCACUCGAUGUCUUCGUAAACCCAACUCUCAGAGCGCAGGGAUUGGACCACACCUUCAUUGAAGCGAUGCUUUGCGGGGUGCCUGUAAUGGGAACCCGCUUCGCAAGCAUCACUGGCUCCAUCAUUGUGGGUUCAGAAGUUGGGUACAUGUUUCAGCCGACUGUCGACUCACUAAAAGAAUCGAUUUUUACAGUUUUUGGGGAUGGAGUAGCUGUUCUUAGGAAGAAAGGGGAAUAUGCCAGAAACAAAGCUAUUCAUCUCUACACGGCUACAAAAAUGGCGUCGGCGUAUGAAAGAUUGUUCAUUUGCAUCAGUGACUUUCAUUAUUGUAAGUACCCACUUUUGGGAGAUAGGGAUGAGGAAAAAAUAUCACGUUCAACAUCCGGACGUAGAGUUACAUCCGGAAACCAAUAAAACAAUGACACAUGACCAGAUUUAUUAAACCACCAGAAUAACGUCGACAUCUGAAUAUGAGCCUCACAUAAACCUGACCCGAAAUAAAGAAUACAACAAGAGUAUCAUUUACCCGCGCAUAGCCUGAGCUCAUCUUUUUACGACGAACUGGUGACAUAAUUAUAUAUUUGAGCGACAUUGUUAUCACCUUCAAAAGAAAUCAAUCUUAUAGGUACUAAGGUCGGUCUUAGUUCAAUUGCGUUCCUCCCAGUCUGAGCAUUUCACUAACCAGAGAUGUCCUAGCUCCAGUCUAACAUUCUCGUCACCACCAGCAGAGCCAAUCAAAUUUUAAGAUAAUAAAGUUUUAAUUUUUUUUGGCAGUGUGAGCAAAUUGUAUUGGUGAUAAAUGUUGUAUUUUGAUUACUUGAGAAAACUCUUACAUAAAACUCCAUGUGAUCUAAAAGCAGAUGUUUAUGAUGUUUCAAGUACAUUUGUUGGAAUACUCUAUGUAAUACUCCAUUUGAGUUGCUAAUUUUUAGUUGUAUUUUGGGUGUGUAUUGCCUGAAUUGUGAAUGAUUCUCAUGUACUUAUAUUAUGUUUAUCAAAUGAAAAAUAUAUGAUGCUUUAAGCGGUUUUUGUUAAGAAAUUGAUCAUUUCAGGCUUUACUUUGGCAGUGUACUGGAAAUUACUGCCUGAUUUUUUUAGGAAAAUGCAUAUUGUAUCGUUUUAUGAUGAUGAAUAAAACUUUUAUUGUGUUUUGGGUUAUAUUUGAUAACUUCUUGAUUUUAGGAAAAAAUUGUGGAUUAAUCUACCAAUUAGUGCUUGAAACCUCAAGUAAACUUGCAUGUAAUCCUCUAAUAAUGCUGAAAUGAGAUUUUUAUAAUGUUUUAGGUUCUUUUUGUUAAGAAAUGUGAGGAUUUUAGGCAAAAUUUGGGUGGUAAACUAGAAGUGUACAA